AACGCAGACAUGCACGAUUACGAGGUGAAGGUGAAGUGGCUGGGUCUCGAGACGAUCGAGGACUCAUGGGAGCCCCUGAAGAUGAUGAGGGAGGAUGUUCACCGACUACUGCUACAGUAUUUAACAGCUAGAAGUGACGAUGGAUUCCUAUGCGCCAUGAUGGCUGCUAUCGAUUACAAGCAGUCCCAACGCUCAACUCGUCCA